CUGGAUAGACCAGACGAACAUGAACCAACAGGCAUCACUAAUCGAUCCACGAUGCUGACGUGCUCGCGCCGCGCUCCACAUUCACUCUGUAUCCGAGUACAUUCAGGGUCUGCUCGUCCACCGGAGAAAUGGCAACAACAGUGAAGCUGAAUACCGGUGCAUUAAUGCCCCUUGUGGGACUGGGGACAUGGAAGUCUCCCCCUGGCAAGGUCACGGAGGCGGUGAAAGCAGCCAUCGCAGCAGGUUAUAGACACAUUGAUGGAGCGUUCAUCUACCUGAAUGAGACCGAGGUGGGAGAGGGUGUUCAGGCCAUGAUCAAGGAUGGCGUGGUCAAGCGAGAGGAUCUUUUCAUUGUUAGCAAGCUGUGGUGCACUUUCCAUGAGAAGUCCAUGGUGAGGAAAGGCUGUGAGAAGACUCUUAGUGAUCUUAGAAUGGACUACCUAGAUCUAUAUCUAGUUCACUGGCCCAUGGGUUUCAAGGCUGGCGGUGAGAAUUUUCCUUUGGACAGCGCAGGAGAGACUAUCAGUGACGACACUCACUUCUUGGAGACAUGGGAGGGGAUGGAAGAGCUGGUGGAUGCUGGUUUGGUCAAAGCUAUCGGUGUCUCCAACUUCAACAAAGACCAGAUUGAAGCCAUUCUCAACAAGCCAGGCCUCAAAUACAAGCCUGCCAACAACCAGAUUGAGUGCCACCCGUACCUGACCCAAGAGAAGCUGAUCAACUACUGCCACUCUCAGGGCAUCACAGUGACGGCCUACAGCCCCCUGGGCUCACCUGACAGACCCUGGGCUAAACCUGAGGACCCCUCACUGCUGGAAGAUCCAAACAUUAAAGCCAUUGCUGAGAAGCACAAGAAGACACCUGCCCAGGUCCUCAUUCGCCUCCAUAUCCAGAGGAAGGUGGUCGUGAUCCCCAAGUCGAUCACACCUCAGCGCAUUCAGGAGAAUUUCCAGGUGUUUGACUUUGAACUAAGUGAGGAGGAAAUGAAGACUAUAUUAGGAUUUAACAGGAACUGGAGAGUCUGUCCCAUGCAAUGGAGCACAAAGCACAAGGACUAUCCAUUCAACGCUGAAUUCUGAAAUGAAAAAUAAUGCACAUAUUCCACAGCUUUACAGUGGGAGUCGGAGUUUGCUUCUCUACCUUCUAGGCUGCUUGCUUUCCUGUUCUUUAGAGCAGUUUGUAAAAUUAGUGUGGCCUUGCAUCAGAUUUUUAUUUUCAUGUUACAUUUCUCAGGAGAGACACUGACUUCUUUAGUUACCUGUAUUGUUUUGACAAAAACUGGUAACGAGUUGUACGCACACUCCUAAGACUCAUAUAUCAAACGUUAGAUGCUCAUUUGAUACAAAUUUGGGCCAUUGUGAGUAUGAGUUUGCACUAGUAUAGAUGAGUAUCUUUUAGUUACAUUUUCAUUUUCUGUUCUGUCAGCCUGUGCUUUUUUCACUGACAUUUGGUGUAGGGUGAAUUCUACUUGUUUACUGUGUGGUCAGUGUGGCAUCAAAAGUUACUGAAGAACCUAAACGUGUGCCAUAUUCAAGCACUUCCUGUUAUUACUCGUGAGUCAUAAAUAGCACUUUUUCCAUCAUGUGUAUUGACCCUGUUAAGAAAUAGUCCCUUUCACUUCCCAUGUGAGCUUUUUUGUUAAGCAUUGCAAUAAAGUGUUAGAGAAAAUAAAA